GCGGGACAGGCAGAAUCCAAGCAAAGGGAAAGGCUUUGCCCUCCGGCCACCCGCUCGUGGAUAGCUACUGCUACGAGCUACCUGCCGCGGGCCUGCGCGCACAAAUAUCUCCAAGGGAACAGCGAGCUCUCCCGGCGAGCUGAGCUUUUGGUGUUGUGCCGCCAAUGGAGGGGGCGCCGCUGGGCUGGGGACGGCAGGAGGUGGACGGGUGGAGGAAGGGCCCGUGGACCAGCCAGGAGGACAAGCUCCUCGUCGAGCACGUCCGGCAGCGCGGCGAGGGGCGGUGGAACUCCGUCUCCAAGCUCACAGGUCUGAAGAGGAGUGGCAAGAGCUGCAGGCUGCGGUGGGUUAACUACCUGAGACCAGAUCUGAAGCGAGGCAAGAUCACGCCCCAGGAAGAGAGCAUCAUAGUCCAGCUCCACGCUUUGUGGGGAAACAGCAGGUGGUCCACGAUCGCACGCAGCCUGCCGGGCAGGACGGACAACGAGAUCAAGAACUACUGGAGGACGCACUUCAAGAAGGGGAAGCCGUCCAAGAACAUCGAGCGCGCGCGGGCGCGGUUCCUCAAGCAGCGGCAGGAGAUGCAGAGCCAGCAGCAGCAGCUGUUGCAGCUGGCCGGGCAGGUCGCCAAGGACCACGAGAAUCAGGAAGGCGGCGGCGCGCGCACCGGGACCACGGCCGACGACGAGGACCGUGGCAGCGCAGUCGUCGACGACGCGUGCGUGGCGCCGACGGUGGCAGCGGCCGAAGCAGCCGGCGGGCACCACCACGACGAGGACCUGAUCAUGCACGACGCCAUGGACUUCAUGUGCCCCAUGUCCUGCGCCCUCCUCCUCCACGGCGCCGUCCAUCAGGGCGGCGGCACCGGCAGCUGCUGCGGCUCCACGGCCAGCGACGAGUACGGGUCCGGCGAGGAGGACGGCGCCACGUGGGGCAGCCUGUGGAACCUCGACGGCGUGGUCGUCGACGACGCCGCCGCCGGAGCGUGCUGCACGCCCUGGUAGAGGAGAUCCGCUAACCCGGCUGCCGCAUGCCUUCUACCAGAGCUAGGUAGAGCUCCGAUCGUCGUGUAGCGGUGGUGUUGCUGGUGGGUAAGGACGGAGCAGCUGCUACCGUACGCCCACCACUUUGCAGCAGCGGCAGCUGCGCGCCGGCGCCUCAGCCGAUGACACGUAAAAGCGCCGGGCGCUUUCUUUAUGGGGAAACGUACACAGAAGAAGGCUUUUUUUUUUGUCUCUCGCUAUGUAUAGCUAGCAGCGAUCUAGCAAAGCGCUCUGAUCCGUACCUGAAAGACUAAGGGGACAUGAGGGUGACAAAUUACCCAAUUCGAUAUUGAUUAUUUGCAACCACGCAUCAUGCAUGCAGCACCGAGUGUAAAGUGUGUAUUACGUGUAACGAACAAUAUAUAUGAUCUUCGGUUA